AUGGCGGGCCAAAAGGCCGCACACUCGGAGUCGCACACGCACGACGCCGACGUGGGCAGGGUCUCCUCCGCAAUCUCAAGCUGGGAAGGCGGUGGGCGCAAUGAUCUACUCAAGAUCAUCGGUGCGCAGGCCGCAGCGGCGGCCGCUGAGCCGGCAGCAGGUCUGGCGUUGAUAAACACGCUGUACUCUGUUCUCGCAUCGGAGCAGCCAGCGCCAACUGUUGUCGAGCUCGUCAAGGAUGCGGUAGCGGCAAGUCCUGAUCAUGUUGAUGCGAUCGCCAUCGCGUUCCUCGACACGGUGGAGGAGUUUUGCCACGCCGAGCGCGACGUCAAGGACACUGUCAAGACUCGUGACCCGGAGCUCGAGACAAAGGCGCUCAAUGUCGUCAACAGCCUGGUGCACUUUAUCAACCUCCUUCUUUCACCCGAAAACCUCCUCAGCACUGGGUUGCAUCCCACUCCUCGUAACCCUGAUCAGCUCAGGAGUUCAAUGGCCAAGCUCAACACCAGCACAUACUUCAAGCAGCGGAAUAGCAACCUUCUGCGCGAGGCGAGCGAAGGCUUCUCCCAUCUCAUCAUUCUCCUGACCGGUCCCAACGUGUUCGUUUCCACUCCUGAGAGUGACGAGCAGAGGCUGGCACGCGCAAAAUCAGUAUGGAAUGAUAUCGAAAACGUCAUCGGGACGUACAACCUCGCUCCUAUCCGUGUUCUCGAUCUCAUCAUCGAGGUCGCGUCCUGCCAUGUCGCCUACCAUUGGCGUUUCUUCAUGGACCUUCUUCGCGUCUCCUACUGGGGCCGGUAUUGCACUGGCCCUUCCAACAGGGUUCCCAAGACGGUCCAGGAUGAGGGCGAGUCCACUGCUCACAGUCUUGUCCUCGCAGACACCGACAACAGCACCAUCGCCAAGGCCCUUGGUUUCUGGUUCACGUUUUACCAGAACCCGGACAACGGCGAGACUCCCAUUGGCCUGCUGUACUUUGCUGCCCUCCUCGUCAAGGAUGGUUUCGUCAAGCCUGCAUUCCUUCUUCCUAACCUCAGCCCCGAUGACGACGGUAUGGCCGAGAUUGAGGCGCGUUACAAGUCGGCAAUGAGCUCGCGCUCUGGGCCCAACAACGCACUCAUGAACACGGUCCUCGUUGACGACGAAGCACCCACUUCCUCGAGCGACUCGCCGGCUUUUGUGGAAGAAAAGCCCAAGGCCAAGGCCGAGCAGAAAAUCCAGCUCUUGCAAGCGCUCAUGUCUAUUGGCGAGGUCGAGUUCUCCCUACAGCUUCUCGCAAGGUAUCCAUGGGUUGCCAUGUCGCACCCCUCCAUCGGUCAGCUUAUUAUCCGCAACAUCGACUAUUCUCUCGACCCCGUCUACCGCCGUGUGACAAACCAGCCCAGCUAUGGCACAGUGCCACUGCCGGCCGCUCGCGAUGUCGUCCCCACACUCGUGUCUCCUCCUCCGCCAUCGACCAUUGUCAAGACGUUUGAGUUCUUCUACCCCAACUGGUUCGACCACCUGGAUCAUUGGGAGACGAUCGAUGAUCUGCACACCAAGGGCGACCACUGGCUGCGACUCCUUGGCGGCCUCGGCGGUCGUGGCAUCGAAACAAUGACCAAGCUUUGUCGUAUUAUGAAGGUCCACUUUGAGGGACUGCGGAACGCCAAACUCGUCGCCUUUGGUAUCGAGCCUGGAACCUCCUUGACGCGUGCGCAGGCCAUGCAGAUCCGUGCCACCGAGGGCGAGAUUUCUCCAUGGGCUGGUCUUAUCCGUGGCGUUCUCCUCCCUGCUCUUUCACUUUCGGACGACGCUACCGCCGCUUUCGACCACGAGCUGGAGCUGGUGUUUGACGAGUUCCCGUGGGAGACUCUGGCAUGCCUCUUUGGCGAGUGGCGCGAUCUCACGGGCAACACCAAGGCUCGCGGCCACCUGCCACCGGCAGCCAACGCCACCACCAAGGCGACACGCGACAUCAAGCAGGCGCUUUCUCGUGUGACGGCAGCUCAAUCGAACCCCGGCGUGCCAACGCCUUCCUCGCAGGCUUCGGAGCGUGUCCCCGCUCGUGCGCUUGCCAAGCAAGGACGUGCCAACCCGACUGCUUUCUGGACCGUGUCCAACUCGCAAGUCAUGGCGUAUGGCAGUGUCGGCAACAUUGGCGAGCACAUCAUCGAGGUCGGGCGUUACACCAACCGCCUCUCAAAGGAUGUAGCAGUGUUCACCUGGGUAGACCAGCUUGCCAACUCGAGCACAAACCAACGCUCUAUCGAAAACCUGUCUGUGUUCGUCGGUCUCAUCAAUCGCCGCUUCGUCUUCAGUCUCGACCCCUUACUGCAAUUCAUCGUCAGCGGCCUCAAGAGCGGCAACUCGUCGACUUUGACCGUUAUCGAGAAGCUCAUGAGCGGCAUGUCUGGCGAGGACAUUGUUGGCAACUUUGCGAUUUCAGUCGAGCAGCUUGGCGCUUACUCUGCCGGCCCCGAGAUGGCCCGUGAGGCCUUCUACUCGAGUGAGAUUACUCGCGGAGACCGCAGGCCUCGCCGCUCCAUCGAGUUGCUCAACCAGGUCAAGAAGAGUCUGCCUCGUUUUAUCCAGGCUCUGCGCUACACCGAGCUCGCCGUUCCUAUUCUAAUCGGCCUCGCCCAAAUGUCUACCAACACCCUUUCGUACGACAUUAGCAUUUCCGUCAAGGAGAUGAGCGACAAGCGCGACUUUGCACGUGAUGUCUUUAGCCAGUACUCCAACAUGCUUGCUGAGCACCUCCCUCUGGAAGAACGGCUCGAUCUGCCCAGCCUCUCGGCGUUGCAGCACGAGUAUGGCAUCGAAUCUCAGCUUGCAUGGACUGUCCUGCGUCCCAAGCUCGAUGCGCUUCAACAGUCGACCCCUGCAGGGGAGGGCAUGGAUGUUGACGACGAGAGCAAGUGGUGGCCGGACGCCCUCACAAGGACUAUUGAGGAGUUGGACGAGGACGACGCGCUGCUGGAUAAGAAAGUCAAGCGUGUUCUGGGCAGCCUGCAGGCCUCUGACAUUUCGGUCUCGUCGGAUAUGUACGACAAGGCGAUUGGCAAGAUCAACAAGCUGGUCGGCGAACUCGCGGGCUCCAAGGUGCAGAGCUCUGAAAUCCGCUUUGAAAUGUCUCGUCUGCGCGCGCGUAUCAAGCAGCUGCAGGUUGAGAAGGAGAAGCAGGAGGCUCACGUCAAGAGUGUCCUUGAGCAGCUCAAGCGCGAGAGUGUACACUGGUUCAGCGGUGCUUCCCAAAGCUCGCCCCAGGUCCUCGCUGCUCAGCUGCACGAUCACUGCUUCUACCCUCGUGCCAUCCAGUCACCUGCGGAUGCCGUCUUCGUGGCCAAGUUUAUCCGCUUGGCGCACGACUUUGGCACCCCUGGGUUCUCUACAGCUCUGACCUACAACACCUUCUUCUUGCGCGAGACUCUUGCCGACAAGAUCUUCGAGUGCACCGAAGCCGAGGCGCGCAACCUUGGUCGUGCCCUGUACUUUAUCAUGGGCUGCCUCGACUCUUGGUACCUGCACGAGGACAAAUACUACAAGGAAGCCCUCGGCAGUCCUGUCCCUGCGGCUCCCGAGGCCGACGCAAAGAAGACUGUCCCAGAGCACUUGCUUACGGGUAUGCACUACCGCUCAUCGACCACUGUUCCAAACGCGGCUCACACCUGGGAGGACUUCAAGAACUUCUACGCCAAGUUCCACGACAACCUCACCACGUCUCUGGUCAAGUGCUGGAACCCAUCGAGCUCGAGCUACAGCCCCAAGAAUGCUGUCGUCAUUGCCCUCCAGCUCUUGCCGUUCUACCCUGUUAUGAAGAACAACGCCGAAGCCAUCCAAAAGGCAGUUACGACUCUGCGUGACACAAAGGACGGUACCAUUACCCCCGACAUUGUACCCGCCUUCAACUCGUACCUCUCGCAGCUGAGCAAGCGCAACAAGACAGAGAGGCCCUUUGUUCCUGCCGCCGAGUUCCACCCCAGUGCUGCUAUUCGUGCUGCCAACGCGGCGAAGGCUAAAGCAAAGGCAAAGGCCGAGGCCGAGGCGCAAGCCAAGGCUGCUGCCGAGGCAGCUGGUGAUGACACCAAGAUGGAGUCACCAACUGCCGAGCCUGCCACUGCCGAGCUCGACUCUGUUGCUGCGCCAGCCGAGAACGCCGAUGCUGUCCCCGCUCCGUCUGCCGCCAACUUGGACAAUGCCAGGGCCCUCCGUGCCAAACUCGAGCAGGGCCGUAACAGCCGUGCUGCUACUCGCGAGGUCAAGACGGCACCCGUCUCUCCCUCCCCAGCACACCCUCUUCCGGCCAACCCGACUCUACCCUCACGCAAUGUGCACCCAGACCGUGCGGGUGGUCUUCCCAUGGGUCCGCCUGCCGAGCUGUCUGUCGAUGAAGCUCGCGCUGCCGCCCGUGCGAAGAAGUUUGGUCUCAUCGCAAAUGCCACUGCUCCUCCCACCGGCCCAGCAGCACGCGACGACUCGCCGCGCUCGACACCCCGCCACUCACCACCGCCAAGCAACCGUACUGCUCGCAGCGGCACCGACGACUCGCGCGUCAGCGACCGUUCUCGCCGCCACGACGGCCGGGACGAACGUGACCGCCGCGGAGAGCCUCGUGAGGGAGAAAGGAGGGAUGAGCGACGCGGAGACUCGCGCAACGACCGCCGCGAGCACGAUCGCCGAGGAGACGACAGGCGAGCUGCCGACCCGCGUGAUGCUCCCCGUCAAGACGACAGGAGAACUGCCGACGCCCGUGACGCCCCCCGGCACAGAGAUGACCGUCGCCAGGCCGAUUCGCGUGACGAGCCUGUCCGUGACGACAGGAGGCGGGGAGACGACCGUCGCGAUGGCCGCGAAACUCCUCGCGACGCACCUUCGACACGUGGUGGUCGCGAGGACCGACGUGAUGGCCGUGGAUCGAGAGACGGAAGGGAGAGCAGGGAUGAGAGGCGCGACACCGCCCAAUCUCGUCCGGAGGAACGCAGAGACGGCCGCGAGCGCCGCGACGGCCGAGGGGAGCCCCGUGAUGCUCGUGACCGUAGGGAAGGUGUGCCGCCCACGGGACCCGCACGCGACCGCGCUCCACCCGUGGACGACAAGGAGAAGCGCCCCGAGCGACCCGAUUCUCGUGCAGAGUCGAGGGGAGACCGUGAACGCCCGGUCGACGACCGUGACAGACGCGGAGGAGACCGUCGCGAGCCUGCGCCGCGUGCCAACGACACUCCAGCAUCCUCGACUCGUGACCGCCCCGCAUCGACCGACGAACGCGACGACAAGAAGCGCGAGCGUGACGCUCCCCGUGAACGUGAAGACGACAGGCGCGUGCGCUCUCGACGUGACGAGCCCCGCCGCGAUGGCCGGGACCGUGAGAAGGACGAGCGUGCGCGUGGUGCAGACACUCCGGCUUCGAGAGGCAGCGACACUCCUGCCGGUGGCCGUGGAGGGGCUGCCACACCGUCGCGUGAGCGCAACGACCGUGGACACGGUCGCGACGCCGAACGCGACACCCGCGACACCCGCGAUGGACGUGACUCCCGCCCCGACUCUGCCGCAGCGACGCCGACUGAGGCUACCUUUGCAGGCCAGGCCGGGCGCGUUGGUCGUCGCGAAACCCUGCGCAUUGCCAGCAACCCCGAGCCCCGUGUCGGCAGCCCAUCCAGCACACCCCGUUCCGGCACCCCUCGUGAACGCGAGCGCGACCGUGAGCGCGAUAGCAACCGCGGUGGCCGCGAGCUGCUCCGCCCCGUAGCCUCGGCGCCGUCCCUCGCUGCCCGCAUGGGCCUCGCCCCCUCGGCAGCCUCGAGCCCGACCGACGAUGGAGGACGGAAGCGCGGACAUGAUGAAGUGUCCAGCUCGCGUGAGGACUCGCCUGGCGCCGGCAAGCGUCGUCGCGGUGAACGACGGGGUGGUGGUGGCAGUGGUCGCAUGCUAGCUGGCGCGAUGCGCGCAGCGGCCAGUGAAAAGUAG